GAAUUCUGUACAGAAAAAAACCACAAUAAAGAAGCCCCAAACGAGCAAAACAAAAAAUGCAAUCUCCGAAGCACAUGGGAAGUGAUCCAAGGUUCGGAGGACUUUAAGAAAACAACUCCUAUGACAACACAGCCACCCAAGCCCACCUUCUCACUGUUGCAGAUCAGACAAAGAAUUGUGUGUUUAGUCCUUGAUAAGUCUGGAAGCAUGACGAUUGGUGACCGCCUUAAACGACUGAAUCAAGCAGGCAAACUUUUCCUUCUGCAGACGGUUGAGCAAGGGUCCUGGGUUGGGAUGGUGACAUUUGACAGUGCUGCCUAUGUAAAAAGUGAACUUGUACAGAUAAACAGUGCCACUGAAAGAGACACACUUACCAGAAGCUUACCCACAGAGGCAUCAGGAGGAACGUCCAUCUGCUCUGGGAUUCAAUCAGCAUUUACUGUGAUUAGGAAGAAAUACCCAACAGAUGGAUCUGAAAUUGUGUUACUGACUGAUGGGGAGGACAACACUAUAAGCUCAUGCUUUAAUGAAGUGAAACAAAGUGGAGUCGUCAUCCAUACAGUCGCCCUAGGGCCAUCUGCAGCACGGGAACUAGAGGAGCUGUCUAAAACGACAGGAGGUUUACAGACAUAUGCUUCAGAUCAGGUUCAGAACAAUGGCCUCAUGGAUGCUUUUGGGGCCCUUUCAUCAGGAAACGGAGCUGUCUCCCAGCGUUCCAUCCAGCUUGAGAGCAGGGGAUUAACCCUCCAGAACAGUCAGUGGUUGAAUGGCACGGUGAUUGUGGACAGUACUGUGGGGAAAGACACUUUGUUUCUCAUCACCUGGACAACUGACACUCCCCAAAUCCUUCUCUGGGAUCCCAGUGGAAAGAAACAAGAUGGCUUUUUAGUGGACACACACAUCAAAAUGGCCUACCUCCAAAUCCCAGGCAUUGCCAAGGUCGGCAUUUGGAAAUACAGCCUACAAGCAAGGUCACAAACCCUGACUUUGACUGUCACCUCCCGUGCAUCAAGUGGUACCUUGCCUCCAGUUACAGUGACCUCUAAAAUGAACAAAGAUACAGGCAAAUUCCCUAGUCCUAUGGUAGUUUAUGCAAAGAUUCACCAAGGAAGCUUGCCAAUUCUCAGGGCCAAGGUCACAGCCCUGAUAGAAUCAGUGGAUGGAAAAACAGUUACUUUGGAAUUAUUGGACAACGGAGCAGGUGCCGAUGUUACUAAGGAUGAUGGUAUCUAUUCAAGGUAUUUUACAGCUUAUGAUACAAAUGGUAGAUACAGUGUAAAAGUGUGGGCUCUGGGAGGUGUCGAUACAGCCACGCAGAAGGUGAUACCCCAGCAGACUGGAGCCAUGUACAUACCUGGCUGGAUCGAGAAUGGUCAAGUAAAAUGGAAUCCACCAAGACCUGAAAUUAAUAAGGAUGAUCUUCAAGGCAAGCAAGUGUGUUUCAGCAGAACGUCCUCGGGAGGUUCAUUUGUGGCCUCCGAUGUUCCAAAGGCUCCCAUACCUGAUCUCUUUCCGCCUUGUAAAAUCACUGACCUGAAGGCAAAAAUCCAAGGGGACAGUCUCAUUAAUCUGACUUGGACUGCUCCUGGGGAUGAUUAUGAUCACGGAAGAGCUCACAAGUACAUCAUUCGAAUAAGCACAAAUAUUCUUGAUCUCAGAGACAAGUUCAAUGAUUCACUUGAAGUGAACACCACUGACCUCAUCCCAAAGGAGGCCAACUCAGAGGAAGUCUUUGUGUUUAAACCAGAAAACAUCACUUUUAAAAAUGGCACAGAUCUCUUCAUUGCUGUACAGGCUGUUGAUAAGGUCAACCUGAAGUCAGAAAUCUCUAACAUUGCACAAGUAUCUUUGUUUAUUCCCCCAGAGACUUCUCCAGAGACACCUAGUCCUUCUCUUCCUUGUCCUGAUAUUAAUAUCAACAGCACCAUUCCUGGCAUUCACAUUUUAAAAAUUAUGUGGAAGUGGCUAGGGGAAUUACAGCUAUCAGUAGCCUUGGGCUGAGUUUUCCCCGAAAUAAACAAAUCAUCCAUCUUUUUUAUGAUUAUAAAAA